GCGCGGGCCCCACCGCGGACACGGGUUUAUCCAAUCCAAGCAAGCACCACCCCACCACGACCACGAGGGCCGCGUCGCCCGCGAUGCGGCGGCGAGAACUAGGGGCGCGCGUCCAGACGUCCUCUCCCGCGCUCGAUCGCUCCGCCCCGCCCGCGAUCGCCUCGUCGCGGACGGAGGGUUCCAGCAGGGAGGACCAGGACUCGGGAGGAGCGAGGUCGCGACGGCAGGGCGGCAUGGGCCAGUGCGCGUCGCGGCAGGGGUCGGUGGCGGCCGCCGGCGGAGGAGGCGCCGGGGAGGGGAGGCGGGGGUGCCUGGCGGUGGCGCGGGAGCAGCGGUCCCGGUUCUACAUCUUCCGGCGCUGCGUCGCCAUGCUCGUCUGCUGGCACAAGUACAAGAAGAUCUGAACGGACCCCGCCUUCCCUACUCCGAGGAUCACUCUCUCUCUCUCUCUCUCUCUCUCUCUCUCUCUGUAAUAUAAUCUUGUUGUUGUCCUGCAUCGCCCCAUCUCUCGUGUAUAUAGUUCUCCCUAAUCCUUCCUUGCGAAUCAGUGGCUUCAGAUCCUACCAGACUGUGAUUUGGGUCCAUCAAACCUGCAGAUCAUUGGCACUGCAUUACGGCCAUGGAAGUGCACUGUUUCAGUUCAGGUUCUCCGUUUCUUGUGCAGUCCCUCCCUCUCUCUCGCCUGUGUUGGGCUCCGUAUACCAGCCUACCUUACUGUUGGGAAUUCAAAAUUCAUGAGCUUAGCUAGUUAGAUAGAUUCCCGGCAGCGGUAUGGAGGCCAUGUAUAACCAUGUACUAGUACUUACUGUUGAGCA